CGAAAAGAAACGAGCUUUAGAUAAAUAAUACAUUAGCAGAAACAUGAGUGACAAAGCUACCAGAAUUGCCAUUGUCUCUACCGACAAGUGUAAGCCAAAGAAGUGCCGUCAAGAAUGUCGUAGAGGUUGUCCAGUUGUUAAGACUGGUAAGUUAUGUAUUGAAGUAACACCUGCAUCAAAGAUCGCCUUUAUUUCUGAAAACUUGUGUAUUGGUUGUGGUAUUUGUGUUAAGAAGUGUCCUUUCGAUGCCGUUAACAUUAUCAACUUACCAACCAACUUGGAAGCUGAAACCACCCAUAGAUAUUCUGCCAACUCUUUCAAGUUGCACAGACUUCCAACUCCAAGACCAGGUCAAGUUUUAGGUUUGGUUGGUACUAACGGUAUUGGUAAGUCCACUGCCUUGAAGAUUCUUGCUGGUAAGCAAAAGCCAAACUUGGGUAAAUAUGAUAACCCACCUGAUUGGGAAGAUAUUCUUAAGCAUUUCAGAGGAUCUGAAUUGCAAAACUAUUUCACCAAGGUUUUAGAAGAUGAUAUUAAAGCUAUUAUUAAGCCUCAAUACGUUGAUAACAUUCCAAGAGCAUUGGCCAAGUCCAAGGUUAAGGAUGUCCAAAGUAUUUUGAAGGCCAAGUGUGAAAGACCAGAUGCUUGGGACUACAUCAUCAGAGUUUUAGAAUUAGGUGGUGUUAUGACCAGAGAUGUUGAAAACUUAUCUGGUGGUGAAUUACAAAGAUUUGCACUUGGUAUGACUUGUGUUCAAGACGCCAAUGUUUAUAUGUUCGAUGAACCUUCUUCUUAUUUGGAUGUUAAGCAACGUUUAAGAGCUGCUGAAAUUAUCAGAUCUUUAUUACACCCAACUUGUUACGUCAUUUGUGUUGAGCACGAUUUGUCUGUUUUAGAUUAUUUGUCGGAUUUCGUUUGUAUUCUUUAUGGUGCUCCAUCUGUUUAUGGUGUUGUUACUUUACCAUCUUCUGUUAGAGAAGGUAUUAACAUUUUCUUGGAUGGUCAUAUUCCAACUGAAAACAUGAGAUUUAGAACUGAAUCAUUACAAUUUAGAAUGGCUGAUGCUACUGACCUUAUGGAAUUAGAUAAGACUAAUGCUUACACCUACCCAACCAUGGAAAAGACUCAAGGUGAUUUCCACUUGAAGAUUGAAGAAGGUGAUUUCACAAACUCUGAAAUUUUGGUUAUGAUGGGUGAAAACGGUACUGGUAAGACUACUUUCUGUAGAUUAUUGGCUGGUUUAACUGCUCCAGAUGAUGCUAAGAAGUCUCCUAAAUUGAACGUUUCUAUGAAGCCUCAAAAGAUUGCUCCAAAGUUCCCAGGUACUGUUAGACAAUUGUUCUUUAAGAAGAUUAGAGCUUCAUUCUUGCAUCCACAAUUUCAAACUGAUGUUGUUAAACCAUUGAAGAUUGAUGACAUUAUUGAUCAAGAAGUUCAACAUUUAUCUGGUGGUGAAUUACAAAGAGUUGCUAUUGUUUUGGCUUUGGGUAUUCCAGCUGAUAUUUACUUGAUUGAUGAACCAUCUGCUUACUUAGAUUCCGAACAACGUAUUAUUUGUUCCAAGGUUAUUAGAAGAUUUAUUCUCCACUCCAAGAAGACUGCCUUCAUUGUGGAGCACGAUUUCAUCAUGGCUACAUAUUUGGCUGACAGAGUUAUUGUCUUUGAAGGUAAGGCUUCUCAAGAUGCCAUUGCUAAGGCUCCAGAAUCUUUAUUGACUGGUUGUAACAGAUUCUUGAAGAAUUUGAAUGUUACCUUCAGAAGAGAUCCAAACUCUUUCAGACCAAGAAUUAACAAGUUGGAUUCCCAAAUGGAUAAGGAACAAAAGGCUGCCGGUAACUAUUUCUUCUUGGAUAGUACUGGAUUGUAAGGAGGUUGCAUUGUACAUUAAUUUACCAUUGCAGUUUGAAUUGAAGGAGAAAGAUGAGAAGUUAAAGACUUUGAGUGUGUUUAGACAUUGGGAAAGCUUUCUUGUGAUUUUCUUACAAUUGAUUCUGUUUAAUUAAAUAUUAUUAUUAUAAUAGAAGAAAUAUCAAA